CUCCACACAUGUGCUUUCUCCCCCUGCUCACUUGCUCCCUUCACUGGAUCUGUAGUGUCCUCUUUUCUUUUGGCUCUUCUUUUGGUUUCUUCUCAAUUAGAGUGAUAAAAACAAACAUUUCAACCAAGAAAACUACACAGGUAAUGUGUCUCCACUUCUACAUUUGAGAAAACGUUAACUGCAACUUCAAAAGGUAAAAAAAAGGCAAGAGAGAAGAACACUUAAGAAAACUAUCACACAGUAAAGGACACAUAAACACUAAAGAAUUUUUUUCAAACCAGCUUUACUAAGACUUAUUUAACUUUGUUUAACAAUAAUAAACAAAAAGAUAUACGAAGAUGGAACUUCAGAAACUAGCAAAUGGACACCAUCAAGAAUUUCAGCCUCUGGAAGAUGGUUUCUCCCCAGAGCAAGAAAAUUUUUUACCACAUAAGAGCAACGGGAGAAAAACCCCUCAGUUUACAGAUUUUGAAGGGAAGACCUCAUUUGGGAUGUCUGUGUUUAACCUCAGCAAUGCUAUAAUGGGCAGUGGAAUCCUGGGACUGUCAUAUGCCAUGUCCAACACUGGCAUAAUUCUGUUUCUGUUCCUGUUGAUAUGCAUUGCUAUUCUUUCAUCUUAUUCUAUCCAUCUUCUUCUGAAGAGUGCUGGAGUUGUGGGUAUUCGUGCAUAUGAGCAGCUUGGAAAGAGAGCAUUCGGUCACCUGGGAAAAAUACUGGCAGCUGUUGUCAUAACAAUGCACAACAUAGGAGCAAUGUCUAGCUAUCUCUUCAUUGUGAAAUAUGAGUUACCUUUGGUCAUUCAAACCUUUUUGGGUCUUCAUCAUGGCAGUGGACAGUGGUACCUGAAUGGCAACUAUUUGAUCAUUAUUGUGUCUGUCUGUAUUAUUCUUCCACUGGCUAUGAUGAGACAGCUUGGGUACCUGGGCUACACCAGUGGUUUCUCACUGACAUGCAUGGUUUUCUUCCUCAUCUCAGUCAUCUAUAAGAAGUUCAACAUUCCCUGUCCUCUGGAGGAUUUCAGCAAUCAUACCACAGUCAACAUCACAAUAGAAGAAGAAUGUGAGGCCAAAUACUUCACUAUCAACCAGCAGACGGCCUAUACAGUUCCCAUUUUGGCUUUUGCAUUUGUGUGCCACCCUGAAGUUCUGCCUAUCUACACUGAAUUGCGCAACCCCACUAAGCGACGCAUGCAGGCCAUCGCCAAUGUAUCCAUCUUAAGCAUGUUCGUAAUGUACCUGCUGACCGCAAUCUUUGGAUACCUCACCUUUUAUGGAAGUACAGAGACCGAGCUGCUGCACACCUACAGUAAAGUGAACCCUCUGGACAUACUGAUCCUGUGUGUGAGACUGGCUGUACUGGUGGCUGUCACACUGACUGUGCCUGUGGUGCUCUUCCCGAUUCGGCGAGCUCUACUGCAGCUGAUUUUCCCUGAGAAACCUUUUCAUUGGGCUCGUCACAUAGCCAUUGCUGUGUGCCUCCUCUUUGCUGUGAAUUUGCUUGUCAUCUUUGUACCCAACAUCCGAGACAUCUUUGGCAUCAUCGGUGCCACCUCUGCCCCAAGCUUGAUCUUCAUCCUCCCAGGCCUCUUCUAUAUCCGCAUUGUUCCGAUAGAUCAAGAGCCAUUGUACUCAAGACCAAAGAUUCAGGCUAUUUGCUUCACAGCCCUGGGUUUCAUCUUCAUGUCGAUGAGUUUAACCUUCAUUGCCCUGGACUGGAUUAGUGGAGAGAAACGCAGUGGUGGGGGACACUAAUUCCCAACCACAAACACAAGGGGUCCAGUAUGCCUGCUCAGCAGAACACCAUCAAGCUGUCCUUUUCUCUCAAACCCAGUUUUGGAACCUGAGAGAAGAGCAAAAACAAACAAACAAACAAACAAAAUCACUGAUAGGCUGGGCCCGUCUCAUCUAUGGUCCCUUCCCUCACUGAGUGAGGGUAGGACCUGCUUCCCACCAUAUUUCAAAUUAAAUAGAGGAGUGUUUGUGGUGGAGGAUCUUGGUCGAAUGACGACAUCACGCCCUUCCGAGGCAGUGACAUUCAAGAUCCUGAAUGCAGUAUUUUGUUUUGACAAUCCACAGAGAUAAAUGCCAAUUAGGUUUCUGCUUAAACAUGCAAAAUUCCAGAGAAUACCAAAAAGUAGAUGUAUUGGUUUAUUAUCUCCCUUCAACAUAAACAGGAAAAAUCCAUGUUUUGUUCUCCAAUCCAAAACGUAUAGAACUUUUGUUGAUUCUGUUCAAUCUUGGUUUUAGGGGAAAUAGAUUUAUGCCUUGCACAUAUAACAGAUUAUUUCAUUAUGUUGAUCUGCUAUGCUGAAAUUUAAGGAGAAAAUGUCUCCUAUCCAAUUUUCUCUAUCAUAGCCCUGUUUUGGUAAAGGCUGUAGUUUUUCACAGAAGUCACACACAAUAAAAACUAAAUGCUGAAAACCUAAAAAAUAAUCCACAUAUGAACUAUGUUAAAGCCACAAUCAGGGAUUUAUAAAGAUUACCAGCAAAUGUAAAGCAUAAUAGCUAUUUCAUGAGUAUCUUUUUUUCUAGAGUAUUUAAAGUGCCAUUGGCAUUACCUCAAACAAAAAAAACAAACAAACCAUCAUGUGCCUUCAAAACUCAGGAUGUACACCUUGUUCCCAGAUUCUUUUUUUUAUGCCUUAUUCAUUUUUGGACCUCAAGUUGUAGCUCUCAAGUCUCUGACUGUGGUUUUAAAGCAGAAUGGACAAAUUAGAAAGUAUAUUGAUUAGUUUUAGACUUUUCAAAACAGCUUUUUGUUUAUGCAGGAUUACAUUUAAUCUGACUAACAAAGGUACAGCAGAUUAGAACCACUGUAAUGGAAUUCGAUGCUGAACUAGGGUUAGUGUCAUGGCAAACUAGCCACUUAAUUUCCCAGAAUACACCAUGAACUACAAACAUGGCUGACGACUACAACCCCCAAUGGUACACACAGACACAUCACCCUCUUCUGAGGACUAAUCACACACACCUGUUCCCAAUCACACCACAGUACUGCUCAUUCACAAGGUCUUUUGUGAAGUAUAAAGCUCAGUUGAGCUUUUCUCUGUUGUUUAUCAAGCCUUGAUCUCAUGCUGUUAUUAUGGUUUUGACUUUGUUUCUAGUUUCUCGGUUCGUGCUUUGCCUUGUCUGCUUCAUGCCUGUUUGCUGUUCGCCUGACCAUUUGCCUGCUCUGACAACGCCUGUGUUUCACGAUUUGGACUUGUCAGCCUAUCUCUCCUAUAAUAAAGCUCUUAACUGCAAUUGCAUCCGUCCCAACCCACUUUAUGUGACAUGGAGCAAAGGCUCCAUGUGUAUUUUUCCCCCACAAUGAAUGCGUGAACCUUGAUAAAUCAGAGCUCAUGAUCUGCCAUUGACUAUUAUGUAUUUAUCAGCACUUCUCCUGUGGCUUUUUGCUUUAGAUUGAUAUUUUUUCUGUGCCACAGAUAAAAUCUCCACAAAUUUUCAAAGUGACAUAAUAAUAUGAAGAAAAAGGACCCCCCUCCACUUUAAAAAAAAUGUUAACAUGUGUAUUUAAGCCAAUAUGACAGUGCACAAUAGGGCUGAAUUAAGGUGUAAAUUGUUCAAAAAUGGUUCUAGAGUGCACAGUAUUUCACAGUGUCUGUGAAAUAUGUUUUCAAAAGCAGACUAUUAUCCUUGUUCUACAUAUAUCCAUAUAUACACAGGAGAAAGUCUAAAAUAUUCAAGAUGUGACAAAUCUGCCUAUUUAAUGGAUACAAUGUCCUCAAAUAAUAGGUAACAUUUAGGGAAUAUUUCCCAUUUAUUAAUGAUCUCUUGGUCACCUCAUUUGGCAUUUUAGCCGAUAAAUCAUUGUUCCUAUAUAUCCUACAAUCAGCACACCCCAUUCCUCUCUCAGCAGUAAAGUGGAAUAAACUAUUUCAUGCUCAGUUUACAUUCUAGCUGAGGCACAUUGGAUAUAACAGGUGUGGUUGUUGGCUGUUACCUGUGCAUGCCAAUGUCAAUGUGAACUUGACAAUUUACAAUCUGUGACGUUACUCUCUUACUUAUUACAGCAUUUGUGUGGAAUUCAAUUCCUCGUACACUCAUGUAACUCAAACCCAUUUCUUGUUUUUUUCCCCGAUAUGCGAACCAUUGCUGAGUACAUACUACUAUUCAUGUAUAGAAGUGUUGUUUUUCAUGUUCUUUCAACAGUUUUGCAUCUUUAAAGAAGAUGGUGCUAAUGUUUUAUGAUGUGACAGAAUUUUAACAGCAUAUCCAGUGACACCAAAGAUACUUUGUCGCAUAUGAAGUUACUUCAUCAACUGUUUUUUGUUUAUUUUUUUUGUUUACUGAAUUAGCUGUUGACUUGGUCAUACUUACAGUUUUCAAUAAAGGUGAAUUCUGUAUGAUAUAA